AUGGGCAACUGUGUCCCCGUGACCCCCGGCAUCCUGGACACCGCGGGCUCCCUGGACCUGGAGGAAAUCAUGGGCGACUUCUCCUACGACGACAGCACUUUCAGCAACGACACCCUCCCGGAUUACGACGCCGCGCCGUGUCACAACCACUUCUGUCCCCUCUUCCAGCGCGUUGCCCCCCCUUUCCUGGCCGCCACCAGCGUCGCGGCCGCGCUGGCCACCGGCGCCUUGCUGGUGGCCCUGGCCAAGCGUCCCCAAGCGUGGCGGUGGCCGCAGAGCCGGGCGCUGGUGGCGCAGCUGGCGCUGGGCACGGCGCUGUUCGCGGCGCUGCUGCCCGCGCUGGCGGCGGGCGUGGCGCGGGGUUGGCACCUUGGCACGGGGCUGUGCCGCCUCACGCACCUCCUGUGGCACUGGAGCGUCUUCGCCCAGGCGCUGCUGGUGGCCAGCGGCUCCUGCAGCACCGCCUGGGCUCGCUGGGACCCGCGGAGCCGCCGCUUGGCCGUGGCUCUGUGGGCAUUGGCGCUGCUCUUGGCCGCUCCGGCCGCGCUGGUCAGCGGCGUGGCAGCGGGCACCGCGUGUGUCCGGCGCGCCGUGGGCAUCCUGGCACCGCUCUACGUGCUGCACCUGGCGCUGUGCCUGUGCCUGCUGCUGCUGCUGCCCGCGGGGCUGCUGCUGGCCGCGCUGGCCGUGCCGCGCCUCAGGGGCAGCGGAGCCGGGCUCGCCUGGCUCUUCCUGGGGCUCUGGGCGCCCUACGGAGCGGGGCUGGCCGCGGAGUUCCUGCUGGAGGCCGGGCUGCUCCAGCCCACCUGCGGCUCCUUCCAGCACUUCGACACGGCGCUGGGGCUGAGCGAGGCGCUGGGCGUGCUGCACUGCGGCCUCGGGCCGCUGGCGCUGCUGCUCGCCCGCAGCUGCCGCCGCGAUGUGGGGGCUGCCGGGGGCUGCUGA